AUGAAGGCCAACUACACCCAGGAGAGCACGUCCGGCAGGCUUCACUCUGGAACCGAUGCAUUCACCUUUAACUGCUCGCAGAAGCAAGCAGAUAAGCAUUUAGAGGCGAUACCUGUCCUCUACUACAUUAUCUUUGCGAUUGGAUUUCUUGUCAAUAUUGUCGUGGUUACACUGUUUUGUUGUCAAAAGGGUCCUAAAAAGGUUUCUAGCAUUUACAUCUUUAACCUGGCUGUGGCUGACUUGCUCCUUCUGGCGACUCUCCCUCUCUGGGCAACCUACUAUUCUUACAAAUAUGACUGGCUCUUUGGACCUGUGAUGUGCAAAGUCUCUGGUUCUUUUCUGACCCUGAACAUGUUUGCCAGCAUUUUUUUUAUCACCUGCAUGAGCGUUGAUAGGUACCAGUCGGUUAUCUAUCCCUUUCUGUCUCAGCGGAGAAAUCCCUGGCAAGCAUCUUAUGUAGUGCCCCUUGUUUGGUGUAUGGCUUGUUUGUCCUCGUUGCCAACGUUUUAUUUCCGAGAUGUCAGAACCAUUGAAUAUUUAGGAGUGAAUGCUUGCAUUAUGGCUUUCCCACCUGAGAAAUAUGCUCAGUGGUCAGCUGGGAUUGCUUUAAUGAAAAAUAUUCUUGGUUUUAUUAUCCCUUUAAUAUUCAUAGCCACAUGCUAUUUCGGAAUCAGAAGACACUUACUGAAGUCCAACAGCUAUGGGAAGAACCGAAUCACCCGUGACCAGGUCCUGAAGAUGGCAGCUGCCGUGGUGCUGGCCUUCAUCAUUUGCUGGCUUCCCUUCCAUGUGCUGACCUUCCUGGAUGCUCUGGCCUGGCUGGGUGUCAUUCAUAACUGUGAAGUUACAGCGGUCAUUGACCUGGCACUUCCUUUUGCCAGCCUCCUGGGAUUCACCAACAGCUGCAUUAAUCCUUUCCUGUAUUGUUUUGUUGGAAACCGGUUCCAACAGAAGCUCCGCCGGGUGUUUAGGGUUCCAAUGACUUGGCUGCGAGGCAAGAGAGAGUCUGUUUCUUGCCGCAAAAGCAGCUCCCUUAGAGAAAUGGAGACAUUUGUGUCUUAAG